GUCCACAACUACCACCAACCCACCGGCUUUGCUCAGAUGGGCCUCAUGGACCUGAAAGCGAUUCACUUGAUGUUGACUCUGAUCACAGCUUCCCAGGCUCAAGAACUCCUCAUGGUCUCCCAGCCCAGCUCAGCAGAAGGCAAGGAAGGCGGUUCCGUCACCUUGACCUGUUCCUACAACUCCACCUCAGAGCCCAAGGUUGGGAGCGUCCGGUGGGUGAAGGAGCCAGGGGUGGAGGUCAGAAAGACCACCCGGGAAUUCAUGGGAAGGGUGAGUCCCACCUCGGAGCAGGCCUUCCUCUUGGGGAGAAGAGCCGACAUAGAGAUACGGGAUCUGAGACAUUACGACUCGGGGGUGUAUCGAUGCGUGGUGAAGAUCCCUGGAUUCCAGGAGACAUCGGGGAACGGGACUGAGCUUCGCGUGCUUAGAGAAGACCUGAAAGGAUCUAAUUCUGCACCACAACGGGAUACCAUGGUCCUCAUAUGGCUUCUCCUGCGUGCUGUCCUCUGUACCUUUGGAAUUACAACCACUGCUUUGGUGACACGUCUUUAUUAUGGGAAGAGAUCUCCACAAAACAGACCAUUGCACCGCAGAGAGAACAAAUAUAAAGCAACAAGCAGGAAUUGACAACAGCAGCAGAGGCAGCUACAAAACCCACGACCCGUUCUCUAUUCCUUUUCCCCUUCAAUCCAGUAGAACUCGUCCUCCCCUUUACAAUCUGAGGACUUUCAUCAACAGAGCAGAAUUAACCCUUGUGUAGACUCCUCUGCUAUUGAGCAAACGUAACACAGGCUGAAUUUGAUGUUAUAGUUUCAGUAAUUAUAUUGCUAGACUAUGCUUGGAUGGCCCAACCCAAUAGACAAUACUGGCAAUUUCUACUAAGGAUCCGGCAUUAUUCUUCUUUGGCGAUCUCUCGUAACCGAGUAAGAUUGUCUUCCAUGAACACAAUUUUAACAAUGAGUCCUUAAGUGACAGCGGUGGCCAAUUCUGGAUCCACACGUCCUUCCACAGUGGGGACAUAGGUUUCUGGGCGGGAGUUGAUCAUGGUGAGGGUUUGCCAAGUGUGCCUUCCUCUUAGCACGUUUCUCCCUUGCGUCCUGAGUUUGAGUGUCUUCAAAGCCCAUGACACCUUUGGUAAAGGCUGUGCCCAUUAGGGGUACAGAGCAACACCUUUCUGAGUCUUCCAACUGGACCAGAUUUUUCCUGAGUUUCUCCCCCGACCCCUGCCCUGGAAAAAUCCUGAGCAAAUCUGAGGAGAUCUUCACAACUUUCAGCCAUCUCUACUGAUAGCACAAAUUU